UACAGGCUUCAUCAACUACAUAACCAUAAAGCCAUUCGUUCUCUGAUCACCCAUUCGUUUCUGGUCUUUAGCAACAUUUUACAUCCUCCCAACUUAUAAAAGUCAUGAUGUCCUUAGUAAAGAAACCGCUUCCCAAUUGCAUUAGUGUUCUAAUUCGAGUUUUGCUCACCACUAUCAUUACCAUUCUUGUGUUGGCUUCUUCUUCCCAAUUUGUUUUUUCUUCUUCCUUUGCAACUUCACCUCCCAAUAUGGCGACAAGGAUGGGGAGAGAAGCAGAGGCUCUUCUGGAAUGGAAAGCAAGCCUUGACAACCAAAGCCAGUUUCGUUUGUCUUCGUGGGUUGGAAACAUCACUUGCCAUUGGGUUGGAAUAGCUUGCAACAACUUUAGCAGCAUCUCUCAUAUCAACCUCCCAGAUUUUGCUUUAAAAGGUACCCUCCACACUUUGAACUUCUCAUCCUUACACUGUCUCAUAAGUCUUAAUCUCAGCAACAACUUACUCUAUAGUACCAUUCCUUCACACUUGGGCAACCUUUCUAAGCUAAUCUACCUUGACUUAUCUGGCAAUCAUCUCUCAGGAAGAAUUUCAUAUGAAUUAUGCCAACUAACAAGCCUUCACAUAUUAAAUCUCCAUGAAAAUAACAUCACUGGAUCCAUUCCUUAUCAACUUGGGAAGUUACACUUGCUCAAUGAGCUAGAUUUGUCUAGUAACGGUCUCUCGGGUUCAAUCCCUGUGUCAAUUGGAAACUUGAGCAACUUAAUAUUUCUAAUUAUUUGUGAUAACAAACUUUCUGGGUCCAUUCCUCAUCAACUCGGAAAUCUAACACCUCUUAAGAUGCUCUCUUUGCACCAUAACAUCCUCUCAGGCUCGACACCUGCAUCUAUUGGAAACUUGGGCAAGUUAACCCAUUUAGAGCUCAGUGUAAACAAACUGUCUGGAUCCAUUUGUCAUGAAAUUGGGAUGUUGGGAUCUCUUGUUUGGCUUAAUCUAGGUAAAAACAAUCUCUCAGGUUUAAUUCCUACUUCUAUAGGAAUCUUAGGCAACCUGAGUGUUUUCUACCUUGACAACAACAAGCUUUCUGGACCCAUACCUCAAGAAAUUGGAAAGUUGGGAUCUCUUCGUGUCUUGGGUUUGUAUAAGAACAAUCUUUCUGGCCCAAUCCCUACUUCAAUAGGAAACCUGACCAACCUGUCUAUGUUAUCCCUUUCUGACAACAAUCUUUGGGGAUCUAUCACAUCCUCUAUUGGGAACAUGAAGGAUCUCACAAUCUUGGAACUUUUUAUGAAUCAAUUAUCAGGCAAUAUUCCAUUAGAAAUAGGAAAGCUCAAACUUCUUACCCGUCUAAGGUUGUUCAAAAAUGACCUUAAUGGCUCCAUCCCUUUUGAAUUUAAUAAUCUUACAUAUCUGAAGCAUUUGGCAUUGGAGCAAAACAUGUUUUCAGGCUAUCUUCCACAAAAUGUUUGUAAUGGUGGAUCCCUUCAAAACUUCACAGCAUAUAACAAUUAUUUCAUAGGUUCCAUUCCAAUUAGUUUGAGAAACUGUACCAGCUUAGUACGAGUGAGGCUUGAGGGAAACCAGUUAACAGGAAAUUUAUCAGAAGACCUUGGCAUUUACCUAAAUUUGAUAUAUAUCGAUUUGAGUUAUAACAAUUUCUAUGGAGAACUUUCUCAAAAGUGGGGGCAGUGCCAAAGUCUGCAAAGCUUAAAAAUCUUCAAUAACAAAAUUUCUGGUGUAAUACCUCCUGAGCUUGGAAGAUCCCCCAAACUACAAUUACUUAAUCUCUCCUUCAAUCAUCUAGUUGGGCAGAUUCCAAAGGAAUUAGGAAAGUUGAAGUCAUUGUAUAUCCUUGAUCUGGGUGAUAAUCAACUUUCAGGUGGUAUUCCGUUGGAAAUUGGGAUGCUAUCUAAUCUGCAAAUUCUUGUUCUCUCAGCCAACAAUUUAACAGGAUCAAUUCCCAAACAAAUACAAGGGUGCAGAAAAUUAUUGAACUUGAACUUAAGCAAAAAUAAAAUUACGGGGGGUGUUCCCACUGAGAUUGGCAACAUGCAGUCUAUUCAAAUGCUUGAUCUAAGUGAGAAUUUGUUGAUUGGAAAAAUACCACCACAAAUAGGAGAAUUGCGAAGCUUAGAAACAUUGAAUCUCUCCCAUAAUGAGCUCUCUGGUUCCAUUCCAACCACUUUUGAUGAAAUGUCAAGCUUGACCAAUGUUGAUAUAUCUUAUAAUUGCUUGGAAGGUCCUCUGCCCAACAAUAAAGCCUUCAGUGAGGCCUCAGUUGGAGCAUUAAGAAAUAAUAAAGGUUUGUGUGGUAAUGCCUCUAGCUUGAAGGCAUGCCCGUCUUACAUUACGUGGAGCAAGAAUCUUGUUGGGAUUCUCUAUGCUUUUCUCAAGCGCCUGAGGUUGAGGAACAAGCUCAGCAAUCCAAGGGAAGCAAACAAUGGUAACAUGUUUGCAAUCUGGAGCUAUGAUGGGAAAAUGGUGUAUGAAAGAAUCCUUGAAGCAACGGAGGAAUUUGACUUCAAACAUUGUGUUGGAGUGGGAAGGUGUGGAAAUGUUUAUAAAGCUUACUUGCAGCCAGGUCAAGUUGUUGCUGUGAAAAAACUUCAUUCAAUAGAAGAUAAUGAGAUUACCAAUGCAAAGGCUUUCAAAAGUGAGAUUCAUGCUCUGCUAGAAAUCAAGCAUCGUAACGUGGUAAAGCUUUAUGGCUUUUGCUCACAUCCACGACACUCAUUCUUGGUUUACAAGUUCUUAGAAGGGGGAAGCCUAAAAGAGUUACUGAGCAAUAAAGAAGAGGCAAUUAAUUUUACAUGGAUCAAAAGGGCAAAUAUUGUCAAAGGAGUGGCUGAUGCUUUAUCCUAUAUGCAUCAUGAUUGCUCACUUCCCAUAGUUCAUCGAGACAUAUCUAGCAAGAACAUCUUGUUGGAUUCAGAAUGCGUUGCACACAUCUUUGAUUUUGGCACAGCUAGGCUUUUGAAGCCUGACUCAUCCAAUUGGACUUCAUUUGCUGGAACAUUUGGUUACACGGCUCCAGAGCUAGCAUAUGGAAUGGAGGUGAAUGAAAAAUGUGAUGUUUAUAGCUUUGGAGUGUUAGCCUUGGAAGUGAUCAUGGGAAAGCAUCCAGGAGACCUCAUCUUGUCUCUCUCAUCAUCAUCAUCACCAUCAUUAACAGCAACAUCAACUGCCCAUGAUAUACUAUUGAAGAACACUUUGGACCAACGCCUCAAACCUCCUAAAAAUCAAGUUGCAUUGAAAGUGGUAUCAAUAGCAAAGCUUGCAUUUGCAUGCCUGGCAACCAAUCCAAAAUCUAGGCCAACCAUGCAGGAGGUUUCCCUUGAGCUUUCUAUUGAAAGAGCACCCAUGUCAGAGGUCUUCGACAUGCUUACCUUGGGUUUACUAUUUAACAGAGUUUGA